AGACCAGAGUCACCCUGUCAUUGUGAUUCUCAACUGUAGAAUCUGAAUCCGAGACAGAGACCGAGAUUGGCUCUCUUUUUCUCGGUCGAGCUUUCAUUCUUCCCGCGUUGACCCUACACUAACUAUUCAACCGGUUGCUCCGGUUCUUCCAUCAGCGAUCCCAUUUGAAAGUGACCAAAGAGUCAGUGGUCAAUUUCUGAUUGGUUUUGUCACUCAUAAGGGGGCGUGACUUGGGUGUAAGCUUCCAUUAUCAUGAGUGGUGGAUCAGAAGAGAACGGAGGUGUGGCCACGGGGAGUUUACCCGAGAUUGAGCUGAUCAUCAAGGCUUCAACCAUCGAUGGACGGCGGAAAGGAGCGUGUUUGUUUUGCCAUGAAUAUUUUAUGGAUUUGUAUUUGUUGGCCGAGCUCAAGACGAUUGCCCUGAAGAUCACGACGGUGGACAUGUUAAAACCGCCACCGGAUUUUCGGUCGAAUUUUGAGGCCACGCCUCCGCCCAUCUUGAUCGAUAGCGGUUUGGCCGUGUUAGAGAAUGACAAGAUCGAGCGACACAUCAUGAAAAGCAUCCCUGGCGGACAUAACCUCUUUAUUCAGGAUAAGGAGGUGGCCUCCAAAAUCGAGAAUGUCUACUCCAAGUUCAAGAUCAUGCUUUUGAAGAAGGACGAGAGCUCGAAGAACAACUUGUUGUCCAAUUUGAAGAAGAUCAAUGAUCACUUGGGGGAGAAAGGCUCGCGCUUCCUCACGGGCGACACCAUGUGUUGUUUCGACUGCGAACUUAUGCCCAAAUUACAACACAUCCGUGUAGCUGGAAGCUUCUUCGCUGAUUUCCAGAUUCCCGGCGAACUCAGUUCGUUGUGGAAGUACUUACAAGAGAUGUACAAUCUGGAUGCAUUCACGCAAAGUUGUCCCGCCGACCAGGACAUCAUCAAUCACUACAAGCUUCAACAAGGCACCAAGAUGACCAAGCGAGAAGAGCUCGAGGAGCCGUCAUUCACCAACACGGUGCCUAUAGCCGUUUAAAAGGCUGAUGCCGCUUUCAAAAAAGAAUCUUCACUCUUUGAGAUUGAAUCUCUAUCUUUCCCCACUUUUCCAACACCCGAAUUAUUCCGUUUCAAUUGAAUACGUAGUUAUGUAUCUCCUACUUGCUCGCAUUUAUGGCCCAUGUUAUGUGUGCAUUUAAGCUUAAGUCUAAUCAAAACCAGCGAUCAUUUCGGGUUUAGUUGUGCCAAGAAAUCGAAAACCACCCGUUCGUCUGCCUGACAAGUUGUCCUGACUGGAAAGAGAACUGUGAACCUCUUCAAUCAUCCUGGAAAUGAUUGGGGGAUCUGGCAUUCUCCCUCCUAAGAUCUGACUCCGUCCUGCUCUCCCAAAAUGUGCUUUGUCCGUUUACUGACGUACUUCCGUCUCGCACACAAUUUCAAACAAAGUGUGUAAAUCUAGUUUUUGUAAGAAACCUCUCGUCUCCUCAUGCGAGGGCAGAUUGAAGGCGGGCAACAUUGCUCACAUGCACACCCAUUCAUCACGAAAAAUAAAGAAUACAGUAAACAGA